GGUCAGUUUGCGGUGGUAAAGAAAUGCCGUGAGCGUAGCUCUGGCCUGGAGUAUGCCGCUAAGUUCAUCCGUAAGCGACGGAGUAAGUCGAGCCGGCGUGGCGUGACCCGGGAAGACAUCGAGAGGGAGGUCAGCAUUCUGAAGGAGAUUCAACACCCAAACACCAUCACGCUACACGACGUGUUCGAGAACAAGACUGAUGUCAUCCUCAUACUAGAACUGUGAGUACCCUGACGUCCACCCCCUGACGUCCACCCCCUGACGUCCACCCCCUGACGUCCACCCCCUGACGUCCACCCCCUGACGUCCACCCCCUGACGUCCACCCCCUGACGUCCAACCCCUGACGUCCAACCCCUGACGUCCACCCCCUGACGUCCACCCCCUGACGUCCACCCCCUGACGUCCACCCCCUGACGUCCACCCCCUGACGUCCAACCCCUGACGUCCAACCCCUGACGUCCACCCCCUGACGUCCACCCCCUGACGUCCACCCCCUGACGUCUACCCCCUGAUGUCCAACCCCUGACGUCCAACCCCUGACGUCCACCCCCUGACGUCCACCCCCUGACGUCUACCCCCUGACGUCUACCCCCUGACGUCCACCCCCUGACGUCCACCCCCUGACGUCUAACCCCUAAAUGAAACAGACAACUUGACCGGUGUUAACUAGAUUACAAAUGCUCAUUCUAUCGAUGUAAGACAGACAUUAUUCUGGUCAACACUACUUGAGUAUCCCGAAUAAUAACGCUAUAUUGGUGUGCAUGUAAAGGUGCUCAGUGAAAUAUAAUAACUCAGAAUAUUCACAUACAGGUUUUGUUUUCCUUGAUCAGUUGUUUCAUCAAUAUUUAAUAUGCAUGUUUUAUAAUAUGUAUAUUUUUGUAGACUACACCUAAUAUAGAAUAGAAGAGGCAUUUGAAUUUCACUGAAUUCAGUUCUAUUUCCUUUAAUUCAAAUUAGAAUUGCAAUUCUGUAUCCUGUUUGCUACUUCAAGAAUUGAAUUGGAAUUGAUGAGGCAUUUUAUAUUUAGAAUUGAGCACAACCCUGUCGUCUACAUCCUGACAGUCCCUAUAUCCAGUCUGUUCCAGUGUAAAAAAAACAACUGUUGUUUUGGCAGCUGGUGGUCAAGUGACUGAACACUGUGUUGUGAUUGGCUGAGUGUGUUAUUAUCCUGUCAUAGCUUCCUCUGCAGCUGGCUGCUACUUCCUGUUCCUGAUCCCUGUUUCCAUUCUCAGAGGAAAUACAUAAAUUAGGGAUUUUUUCAGGGGGAAAAACAUCAACAAUGUAGUCAUUACAGUGACCUGCUCUACCACCCACCAGUCUGAUAUACCACCCACCAGUCUGAUAUACCACCCACUAGUCUGCUAUACCACCCACCAGUCUGAUAUACCACCCACCAGUCUGCUAUACCACCCACUAGUCUGAUAUACCACCCACCAGUCGCUAUAAAAAAACCAACCCACCAGUCUGCUAUAACCACCCAACACCCACCAGUCCCUGAUAGACCAACCCACCAGUCCUGGCUAAUAACCACCCACCAGUCCUGCUAUACCACCCACCCAGUCUGAUGUAACCACACACGAAGUCUGAUUAUUACCAACACCCACCCAGUCUGGCGAUUAACCACCGCACCAGUCUGAAUAUAGCCCCACCCACCAGUCCUGAUAUACCACCCACCAGUCUGCUAUAAAACCACCCACCAGUCCUGCUGUACCACCAGUUUGAUAUACCACACCCACCAGUCUGCUAUACCACCCACCCAGUCUGCUUAUAAACCACCCCCCAGUCUGCUAUACCACCCACCAGUCUAUGUACCACCCCCAGUCUGCUAUAACCCACCCACCAGUCUGCUUAUAACCACCCACCAGUCUGAUAUACCCACCCACCAUCUGAUAUACCACCCACCAGUCUGCUAUCACCACCCACCAGUCUGCUAUAACCACCCACCAGUCUGAUAUACCACCCACCAGUCUGCUAUACCACCCACCAGUCUGCUAUACCACCAGUCUGAAAUACCACCCACCAGUCUGCUAUAACCACCCACUAGUCUGCUAUACCACCCACUAGUCUGCUAUACCACCCACCAGUCUGCUAUACCACCCCCACCAGUCUGAUAUAACCACCCACCAGUCUGCUAUACCACCCACCGUCCUGCUAUACCACCCACCAGUCUGAUAUAACCACCCACCAGUCUGAUAUACCACCCACCAGUCUGCUAUCACCACCCACCAGUCUGAUAUACCACCCACUAGUCCUGCUAUACCACCCACCAGUCUGCUAUACCACCCACCAGUCUGAUAUACCACCCACCAGUCUGCUAUACCACCCACCAGUCUGAUAUACCACCCACCAGUCUGAUAUACCACCCACCAGUCUGCUAUACCACCCACCAGUCUGAUGUACCACCCACCAGUCUGCUAUACCACCCACCAGUCUGCUAUACCACCCACCAGUCUGCUAUACCACCCACCAGUCUGCUAUACCACCCACCAGUCUGCUAUACCACCCACCAGUCUGCUAUACCACCCACCAGUCUGCUAUACCACCCACCAGUCUGAUAUACCACCCACCAGUCUGAUAUACCACCCACCAGUCUGCUAUACCACCCACCAGUCUGCUAUACCACCCACCAGUCUGCUGUACCACCCACCAGUCUGCUAUACCACCUGCUGUACCACCCACCAGUCUGCUAUACCACCCACCAGUCUGAUAUACCACCCACCAGUCUGCUAUACCACCCACCAGUCUGCUAUACCACUCACCAGUCUGGUGAAGGGUUGUCUACAUGGCCUCCAUCUCUCUAGAGUCUGGUGAAGGGUGGUCUGGUGAAGGGUGGUCUGGUGAAGGGUGGUCUGCAUGCCAUGCUGUACUACUUCUCUCACCUCCUCACAAGGAAAAGGACCAGCGGUCCGGCAGGAAAAGGACCAGCGGUCCGGCAGCCACGGUCACCAUGACGCUGCCUCUGGUGUCACUGCAAGCUGUGACAGCUUUGUCACUUGCCUUCUUCAUGACAUUUUACAGCUGAUGUAUUGUUGCCCAGUCCUUGGGUUGAUAGAAGUGCCUGUUGUUAGCUUGUUGUAUGUACAGUAGGUAUUGUCUAAGAUCUUCUAAAAGAUACGCAGCUCAAAUCCCUGUCACCCUCAUUGUCUCUCUCUGGUGGUUCAUUCUUCCCACUUUUUCCCCUCCCUCCUAUCUCCUCCUCCUCCUCUCCUCUUCCUCUUCUCUUCCUCUCCUAUAGGGUGGCUGGUGGAGAACUGUUUGAUUUGCUAGCAGAGAAGGAGUCCCUAACAGAAGAGGAGGCAACAGAGUUCCUCAAACAGAUUCUGGAUGGAGUCCACUACCUACACUCCAAACACAUCGCACACUUUGACCUCAAGGUACACAUACACGCCAUCGGACACAGAGCUACAAGGGCCAGUCCAGUGAUGUGCUCUCCACUCUGCUCUGCACUAAAACCAGACACAACUAAUCAAUGGCAGAGAUUUUAUCACACCCGGCUCUCUGAACAUCUGUCAUCACCAUCACUCACCGGUUGUUAG